CUAUAAACAGGGCCAAAUUUCACUUUACAUUUGCUCUUUAACCUGAGGGGACGGAAGACAUGACGGCCAUCAAACUUGUGAUCUCCAUUGCCCUUCUAGUUUCAGUCAAUGCACGUUCAGUUGAUCCUGGAAGUAUGAUGAAUGUCCUGAUGGGUGAGGAUGACAUUAUGAGAGGUGACAUGUGUCAGGACUGCACUCAGAUUUUUGAGCUCCUGAAGGAUCUAAUGUCCAAAGAAGACUUUCAGGCCAAACUAGCUUCCACUCUUGAGCGCCUGUGUGAUAAACUGCCUGCACAAGCCACCAAAAUCUGCCACGAUGAGGUGGAAAAGACCCUUCCUCUGGCCAUCAGCUUUCUUACCAACAUGAUGAAACCAGAGGAAAUCUGUACUUAUCUUGGGUUGUGUGGCGGUCGUGACAAUGGCAUGAUGAGAGAACUGUUGCUGAACCACAUCUACAAAACUGUAUCAGUGCCAACUAUGAAGCUCGAGUGGUCUGUUCAGUGUUCAGUCUGCACAUACAUUGUGAGAACAGUAGAGUAUCUGUUUCCCAAAGAGAAGGCUCAGAGUGUCAUAACUACCCUACUGGAGAGUUUGUGCACUGAGUUUCCAACUCUGGUUCAGUCACAGUGCAAUAAUAUAGUUGAACAAUACGUACAAUUGUUGAUUGACAUGUUAGUGAACAGCAGCUCUCCAAACUUUAUAUGCAAACUUCUGAGUUUUUGUGAAAUACUAGAAAUCCCUUUCAAAGCAGAACGUGUGCUUUCUGAUUGUGAUUCUUGUCUUACGCUGGCCAUUCUCACACAUAUGCACCUGGGCUCCAAUGCCACCAAGAGCCAGACAGCCUCCUUCCUUGACUCUGUCUGCCAGCUGCACCUCACUGCAAUGCCAAAGUGCCAGAUCUACACACAGCGUCAUGGAAACCAUCUCAGCAUGUUUCUGGGCAAAGAACAGGGGGCACUGGAUGUAUGCAAGAGGGCCAAUCUUUGUGUAGCUCCAGACAAGGAGCUGGUCAUGGCAGGUGACCCCUGCAGUUCCGGCCCAAACUACCGCUGUAAGGAUCUCCAGACUGCUCUAGAGUGUGGGGCAGUUUCCUUCUGUCAGAUGAAUGUGUGGGGAUGAAUCGAUUUUUCUGCCAUCCAUAUUAAUGUGGUACAAUCAAAGGUGAAAGAUUCCAAACAGGCAUUAUUUCAAGAUUCAACAGCCUCUCUGCAUGCUGUAGCAAGUUGUGUAUCAACAUUGUAUAUUAAAGACUCUUGACCCUUUGAAUUUUUCCACAAAAUGUUCCUAUUUUCCCAAUCUUUUCUGAGUUAUAUUUGUGUUUCAAGGAUAAUAUCUUCAGUAAACAAGAUAAAAUAGAACAGACCUGUUAUAAAACCAUGUUAUUUUAACAAAAAGUUCAAACUAUUGCUCAUGCAGCAUCACUGAUCUUACGAUAAUUUGCAGCAUUGUGCAAGCCAAUAUAAGAUUGAUAAAAAGGUCAAUUCAAAGUAACUGUUCAUUAUAAAUAUUAACUAGAAUAUGAAUAAAAUAUUACUUUGGGAGGGAUGACAAAUAUAUAUAGAUGAUAACAUGCAUUUUAAAACUAAAAUGGCACAAUUUUGUUUUAGAAGUUCAUACCCCUUAUAUUGUACAAAUAUUUUGCAUGGUAACCAGUUUCCUUCAAAUUAUCAUAAUUGCUACAGUUAUUGAUAUUACAUAUGGUAUUAGCUACCAGUGUCAUCAAAAAAAGGAAAAUAAAUUAAAAUU